AUGAAAGAAACAACCACUACCGCUUAUAAUCAUCAAGAGCAAGAAGUAGAUCAAAACAACCAGAAUCACCAUCACCAACAAAUAGCAGUAGAACAAGCAGAAUUCAAUAUGGAUCGAAUUGUCCGCCCACUCUUGAAGGCUUUGGGACGAUGCCAUGAUGUUCAGAUUGCUUGCAAGCUGAUGGAAAAAAUAUAUCGAGCCUUGGUGUUUAGCGAAAAAAUUGGGAUCAUUAGCAUCAAGAAGAAAUAUGAUAUUGAUGACCUUCCGGUGGGAAAACAAAGACAAAAUGAUGAUCACCAUGCUCAAAGAAACAUUUCCCUCCCAUUCGCCGAAUCCAUCUUUCGAUGCAAUGGCAUUGCGGUUUUGCUCGUAGCUCUUCAACAUUUUGGGAAUCAAGCUACUGCGGCGGUAUGUUGGGCGAGCCGUAUUUUUGUCACCAUUACCGGCCUAAUCCCUUUGGCCAAUCGACACUUUGUCGAACUCGGAGGUCUUCGCACCUUACUCAAGGAACAAGGACGGCAUGGAGAAAAGAUCCGGUGCGUUGGUACCUAUGACAAUAUGGGCCGAGCUGCCAGUAUCACAAUGAGAUUGGAAUUCAUUUUGAAAGGGAAUUUUGUGGGGAUCUUGUACAAUUUGAUCGCGAAUUUGGAAUACCAACCUCAUGGGAAGGAAGCAGCUACCGAACGGUGCCUGGAUCUGGUCAUUUCCAUACUUCAAACGUAUCCAGCCAAUGCCUAUGUGCAAAAGUGGGGUAUUCGCUAUCUCACUGCCGUAGGAAAGUUGGGAGAUCCACCAGUGAACGACAUGUUACGAAGAAAAAGAGUCGGCAAUAUCUUUGUCACGGCCUUGGAUCACUUUCGAGAUCAUAAUGAUGAUAAUGGUAAUGAUGAUGAUGCGAGUGUGAAGAAGGUUGCCGAAGCAGCAAUGAAAUGGUACGCUUCAAGCUAG